AUGGCAGAUUACAAUAUAGAUUCACUUUUGCAAACUAUUUUUGAUAGCACUGAAUGUAACACUUGGAAACCCUCAGAUAAAAUUCAACUUAUCAACAAAGAAUUGGAAAAGCUUAAAGCUGACACUAGGGAGUUCCUUAGCAAUGCCGACUAUGACAUAUCGGCAAUCGUUACUGAGAGCAACGAGCUGUGUGCUGAGAGUGGCGCCCUGGUGGAGGAGAUGGAAGCCUGCAGGGAGGAGAUAGAAGGGGAAACAAUGGCUGACAUCCUUCAGGCAAUAGACAAACAGAAUGAGCUGACCAAAGAAUUACAAACCGUAAACUUUGCCAUUAACCUAAUCUAUGAUGUAGUCACUUGUGGGAACUACGUUAAAGAAUUUGAAUCAGGCAGGGUUGAUAAAAGCUUCAACCGUGCUUGUGUAUCCGUAUAUGACUUGCUGCAGUUUUUAGAGAACCCGGCAGAGGGGUUCACAAGCCUCGACAUUUACAACACCACUAAACAAAAUGCACAAUUAAUAUUAGAGAGCCUGCUGCGUGACUUGUACACAGUAUGGGAUAGGAUGAUAGCAUACAACAUUAAGAGUGGGGCCAAGAAAACGGAAGUUACCAUUACUUUCAACAUGGAGGAGAGACUUGUUGUUGUUGAUGCAUUAAAUGCCCUCUGCAAGUGCAAGAGACUAAUGGAAAAGGUUACACAUGUAUCCCAGUUUCUUUUAAAAGAUGUCUUAGAACCAAUCAUACACUUUGACUGCACGGUUUAUGCAGAAACUGAUGAUCAAGUUAACAUAACAAUUAACCAUAAACAGAAGAAUCCUCCUUAUGACAAUGUCAUAGCUAACUUGAGGAUACUCUUCCAUUUUCUGAGUAACAAAUUAAACGUAGAUUUUGACUAUCAUAUGACUCUGAUGACACUUAUAGGUGAGACAAUUGCUGUAGAAUUCAUUGAUAUACUUGUCAAAGAUUGCCUUUUAGACACCAUACCAAAUAACUUGAAUGACUUGCAAACUUAUGGCAAGAUAACUGCUGAAAUAGAGGAUUUCCAGCGGUUUCUUUCAAUGGUGAAAUUCUUUUAUAAGGACAAAUACUCAUUAUUAGCGUACAUGAAAGAUAUUGACAUACUGUUUGCUAAUAAGUCCAGUCAGUACUUUCUCGAGACAGCACGAGCUAUUAUGCUGAAAGAUUUGAGUGUGACAAUGUCUAUUGGUGUGGAAAGUAUACCUGCGGACCCCGAGACACCGAGCACGUCAAAGUUAGAUAAAAGUACAGAGGAGGCCUUAAAAGUGUUUGACGAGACGCUGCCUAAAAGUUUGUUCUACUUUCCCCGCUGCAUGAUAUCGAAGACUGCUCAAGAGUUGCUGGACCUGGUGUAUGUGAUGAUGGAGCAGGCGGUGCAGUGCUCGGACGUGGUCUCCAAGAAGCUGUACAACACAACGAGACUUGUGUUUGAGUUGUAUGAUGCUGUAGUACCUUACCAUCAUGAGAAUUAUCUUCAGACCAUUCCUCAGUAUGUUGCUUUGUUCCACAACAACUGCAUGUUCCUGGCGCACCACCUGCAAACCUUCGGUGACAAGUGGCUCAUCCUGAUGGAAGGCCGGCGCAUGCAAUAUCCAGUCAGCUUUGUGGACCACGUGCAGCAGCUGCGCGCUCUCGCUCACACACAUCUAGCGGCGCAUAUGCGGCAGCAGCGCGCGCAGAUACUCGACAACAUACGCUCUUCUGAUCUGAACAACAUGGCGAUGAAGGAUGUCCUCGGCGACGACGCAGAAGCCGCGAUUCGUCAGAGCCUGCGGCAACUGCAACUGCUCAAGAACGUUUGGAUCGGCGUGCUGCCAUACAACGUGUUCACAAGGUUGAUGGCAACACUAGUGAACAUGUUUGUAGAGGAGCUGAUCCACCGCGUGUGCACCGUAGAAGACAUCUCCAUGGAGAUGGCCACGCAGCUCACUGAUAUGUACACGCUAGUCGUGCAGAAAGCCCCGCAACUAUUUCAGAAACCUAGCGAUGUGGAAGAGCACGUCAAAUCCUGGAUCAAGCUUCAAGAGCUCAUCUUUGUCCUUGGAGGUUCUCUGAAGGACAUAGACAACCACUGGAACGAAGGCAAGGGCCCGCUGGCCGUCCACUUCAAAACAGAGGAACUCCGGAGCCUCAUAAAAGCGCUGUUCCAAAACACACAGUUUAGAGCUAAUUUGCUGUCUAAGAUAAAGUAAAUGUGUUUUAUGCUAUUUCAGUCAUUAUAAUAAUAUUAAAAUAAAUAUGGUGUUGAUUGAA